AUGACCACCAUGCCCAUCAAAGCCAUCGGUGUGGUCAGUGAUUACUACGUGCCGCCAAAGUACUCGCAGGCGCCCGUGCGGGUGUGGCCCCGGUUGCUUUUCAAGCGCAUCGGGCUCUUUGGCCUCAACACCUACUCCAUCUCGCGGUUCAAGAACGACACCAAGUUGAAGCUCCGGUUCAACGACUGGAAGGAGCUCGCCGUGGACAAGUACGUCAAGACAAACAAGAUCUUCGCCGCGGCCUGCUCGUUGCCCAUCAACCAGAGACAGUCCUAUGUGCAGACGCAGUUGGAUGGCAUUGCCGGCUCCGAGGUGAUCAAGUCCUUGACGGCGCGUGUGCGCACGUUCCCUAUCGGGCUGAAGUUGAAGUGGAACUUGCUCAGCGUCGAAAAGAACCCCAAGUUGGUGGUGUUUGUGCCCAUCCCCGACGCCAACGACGUCACCUCGUUGGUGCAGUUCGUGGUGCAGGUGGUGACCAAGCAGGAGAUGAUAGUGUCGGGCGACGCGUCGCCAGAGCCCACGCGCACGGAGAAAACCGUGUCUGACAACAUCGUCUUGACCAUGAACCCGUACACGAACGAGUUGGUGUUUGUGGGCACCAUAUUCGACAGUGACCACCGCAGAGGCUUGAAGCCGCAGAUGGACAUGAACGACAUCAAGGCGCUCGAGCACCACUUGAGGGAGUGUGCCGAUAUCUACCGCGCCCCGCCCGCGAAACAACUGUAA